AUGAGCACCAAAUCAGAUAUCCGCCUUGACGGCAAGGUCGCUCUCAUCACUGGGGCUGGCCGUGGCUUGGGAGCUGGCCUUGCCAAAACCCUGGCUGAGCGUGGUGCUGCUGUGGUCAUCAACUAUGCCAACUCCGCGAAGCCGGCUUUGGCAACCGUGGCUGAGAUCGAGAAGAUGGGCGGCAAGGCUGUUGCCAUCCAGGCCAACGUCUCCAAGACCCCGGAAGUCUCCAAGCUCUUCGAAGAGGCUAUGAAGGCCUUUGGCAAGCUCGACAUUGUCAUCAACAACGCCGGCAUGGAGUCCUUUUGCCCGACCCUCGAGGUCACCGAGGAGCAUUAUGACCAAGUCUUCGGCCUCAACACUCGCGCUCAAUUCUUCGUCGGUCAACAUGCUCUGAAAUACCUGAGCGAUGGUGGCCGUGUCAUUAUGAUGUCUUCUAUUGCUGCGGGGUUGGGUGUUGCUAACCACGCUCUAUACGCUGGAUCGAAGUCCGCAGUGGAGGGUAUCACCCGCUCUUUCGCUGCCGACGGUGGCCCCCGACGCAUCACUGUCAAUGCCAUUGCCCCUGGCGGUAUCAAGACCGACAUGUUCACUCAAAAUGCUUGGCACUACUCUCCUGGCGCCACCAAGGAUACCCCCAUCGAGCAAAUCGAGGCCGGUAUUGCUAAGCUCAUUCCUCUCGGUCGUUGCGCUGUUCCGGACGACAUUGCCAAAGUUGUCAUGUUCUUGUGCCACCCGGACAGCGAAUGGAUCAAUGGUCAAAUCAUCCGUCUCACUGGUGGUAGCGCCGUUGCAUAA